AUGGCAUCCAAACGAUCUCUAGUGUCGCGAAACGGGCAUCUCCGUCUGCUGACGGCGCCGAAGCCCCCCGUCGUUUCAUCAGUGUGUCCAUUCUGCUCGCUCUCUCCGGCAUCUCGAGCAGUCAAGUCUCGAUCAAGGCCAGGUCUCAAGUCUCAAAGAUGGCAAUCGACGCCGUCAGCUGCGGUUCUCGCCUCAUCAAAUGCUCGCAGUGAACUUGAGAAGACUCUUAUAGAGCUCCAAAGGAAAAUUCCGGAGCUGCUCAACAUCUUGAGGCUGCAAUUGGCUCUUCAAGGAUUGCGCCAGGCGCCUGGCCGGGAAGCGAUAAGAGUUGCGAUUCUAGGCAUUACCAACGGUUCGGAGGGAAAAGACGCCGCGCGAAAGGUUUUGAAAGCACUCAUCGUGGAUCCAUUGGUUGAUGAGCAGGAGUGGGAGAAGAGGCUUGACGAGCAUGACACCAGCAAGCCAUUGAUCAUUCGAGUCGGGCCCAGUCAAGGACAGACUACUCGCUUGGAAUCAUCCAAGCGCAACUUACCGGAUGUGUUGGAGGUUUCUUCCGCAGAACUAAAUGGACUCAAUCUCGAGCUCCUUCUAGUGGAUGCAGCUGUGCCUGUUAACGGAUCAGGCCUGGCUACCGUUCAAUCGCUUGAGGAGGCCGUCCUCGUCCCAGCUAUUGAUUUGGAUUAUGCCGAUGAGCAUGCUACUCCUAUGAUAGCGCCUGUUCACCAAACACUCUUGGUGGCCGAUGGACUAACUGGAGCUGUUGCAAUUUCUGGGUUACCGAUACUUGAUUGCGCGGAUACAAUCACUGCCGCUGUCAAUCUGAGGGGGUUCUCGAAGGAACAGCUGGGGGCCAACUUCACAGUAAUCGAUACCUCGUUGGCGGAGGAGGCCAUCAAGUUAUUCCGCCAGGGUCCUCAAAAUGCCAUGUCGUACGAGCAGCGCUGGUCUGCGAGCAAUCUAGGCCUGUUAGUCGCAUGGCUCAAAGCCGGCCUCAAAGCCGCUGACGAUGAAGCGACUAAACCAGCCGUUCGAAAGCUCAUUGCAUCAGUUUUACAAAGCGCCCUCUCGGCGAUUGAGACCGAGUCCACGAGCAGAAAGUUGUCGCGCGAGUUGUCUCACUCAAUGAUCAGCCCCGAAAUGCGUGUCAUGAACGAGGGUCUUUCGAAAUGGGCGCAGAGCGCACACGCCGAGCUGCAAGAGCAGCUUGACUUGGCCUUCUCGGGACGCCGUUGGAGGAAGUUGGGAUGGUGGAAGCUGUUUUGGCGCGUGGAUGAUGUUGCGAUGCUGACAAACGAGAUCUUGAGCCAACGCUUCUUGCCUACCUCGGAACAAGAGCUGGUGUAUCUCGCUGGACGGAUUGCCCAACUUCAAGGCGGAGCUGGACAGUAUUCGCAGCCUACUUCCUCUCGCGAGGCUCUUCCUGAGGGGCCGUCAGUUGCCUCUGCCAAAAACGAGCAGGUGAUUCCCGUUGUCCCUCGAUCACAUCUUCCCAAGUGGCCAGGACACAUUGCGUUUACGCGACGCUACAUUCAGAACGAGACUGUUCCUGCCCUUCAGUCACUGGCUCAACAAUUGGUUGUCCAAUCCUUAGCCACGUCGUCUGUCACAUCGUGUCUAGCAGCACUACUAUAUGUAUCGUCAUUUUCAUCCACGAUAUUCGAGGCCGGUGCCGUGGCAGCUCUCGGCGUUGUGUACAGCCUCGGUCGAAUGCAGAAAAAAUGGGAGACUGCUCGUGAGUUUUGGGAGGGCGAGGUUCGGGAAGAAGGCCGCAAAGCCAUCAGAGCUGCGGAAGAGAGUGCCGGAGAGGUCCUCGACGGGGUUCAACAAGAUAAGCUGUCGGCUCAGAGAAUCAAGGAGUUGGAGCAAGCCAGUGAAUUGGUGGCCAAGGCGGAAGACGCGCUGGCACGGCUAAAAUAG